AGAUACUAUCACGCUAUAUAUACAAAGUACAGUGACUUUUAUGUACCAGUCCGUUCUGGAUUUAAGUCUAGGUAGGACACAAUCAUGGAAAGGCUUUAUGCAAUCUGUUUCUUUAUUCUGUUUGUGGUUGAAGUACGAAUUGUAGCAGCAGAUGAUGAAUGUUUCCAACUCGGUGAAUUUAAAUUUUAUACCGGAAACAAAAGCACGACGCAGUCCGGACUAGAAUGCCAGCGUUGGGAUAAACAGACGCCACAUGAACACAAAUACACAGCGGACAAGUUUCCCGAGCAAUCAUUGUGUAAAGCCAAAAACUAUUGUAGAGAUCCGGGAGGUGACGGGUUCACUUGGUGCUAUACCACAGAUCCAGAUACUCGAUGGGAAGCAUGUGGCAUACCAUGGUGUGACGAACCAGCUAGAAACGAUAAAAUUCACGACUGUUAUAUUUUGACCGAGGAGGAUCGUCAACACGGGAACACAGAAAAAGAAAUGUGUGAGAGCAAUUUCAAUCGAGAAAGCGUUUGUGGAAAUGAUGUUCCUAAGGGUUGUGAAACAUGUGAUGCGUGUUGCCAAAAAAGAGAUUAUUGUUGCGAAUCAAUCUAUGGCUACAACGGAACUUGAUACCGUGCCGAGUCUGGUAGGGAAUGUCAGCGGUGGGAUGAGCAAAGUCCGCACACACAUGACCAAACGGCAGACUAUAAAUUCGAUGCCGACGGUUCCGUAACUGCCGCUCAAAACUACUGUCGAGAUCCCGACAACUCCGGUUUCUUAUGGUGCUAUAGCAUGGACCCAAAUGUUCGAUGGGAAAAAUGCGGAAUUCCAGAAUGCUAAAGGAUUUACUCAUUUUAACAAUGCGAAAUUUUUCAUUUUGUUGUGUUUGCAAUGCAUUUUCAUACAGUCA